AUGUUAUUCCCCCUGGUUCCGAGACGAGUUAUCGGCACUAACAGGACGUCGCGAAUUUUCCUGCACGGCUACAGUGAUGCAUCCGAGCGAGCCAUUGGUGCCUGCAUAUACAUCCGGACGAUCGACGAUGCUGGGAAUAAUAGUUCGCAUCUACUCUGCGCAAAGUCCAAGGUUGCGCCAAUUGGAAUUAAAAGAACGACGCUGCCACGUUUGGAGUUAUGUGCUGCAGUGAUCCUCGCACGACUCAUCAACAACGUAACAAGCGCCAUCAAUCAACCUUUCUUCGAGAUACGAGCUUGGGUGGAUUCAAGUGUUGUGCUUGUCUGGCUCAACGGCGGUGCUUCCCGCUGGAAAACCUUUGUUUCCAACCGGGUGGCAGAAAUCACCACGCACCUACCGGCAGUCAAUUGGAGCCACAUCGCAUCGGAGCAAAACCCCGCUGAUCUCAUUUCGCGCGGUGCAUCGCCAGAACAAAUUCAGCACAACAGUCUGUGGUGGAAUGGUCCUGCAUGGAGCCCCAUAGGCGAGCAAUGUGAAUCAACCGACAUCCCUACACUGACCAACACUGACCAACAGCACAUUGAUAGGGAGCAAAGAGCUGGUGCAGUAGCCGUUUCUCUCAUCACUCUCUAUGAAAAUGACUUUCUCGAUGGAAUGAUGGCACGAUAUUAUCCCGAUCUCACGAGGCUGCUUCGGGUCACUGCUCGUAUUCUUCGGUUGAGGUCUCUUGACUCUCGAUCGAUUCCUCGUCUGUUACCACGGGAGCUUGAUCGAGCCCAAACAGUUUACAUUCGCCACGUUCAGCAACAGCACUUUCGUGAAGAGCUGGAACGUUUGCGGCAGCAAGGAGAAGUUAGUUCGCACAGCAGUUUGCACCAACUCAAGCCAUUCCUGGACGAAGAGGCCCUAUCGAUGCUCAACCUCUCACUCCUGCUCACCUUCUCAUCGGUCGUGCACUCACCACCGUUCCCGAAGUCAACUUGCUGGAGUGGCAAAUUAGCUCGAUGUCACGCUGGCAGUUCGUUCAGCGUCUCUCGCAAGAAUUUCGCUCUAGAUGGCAGACAGAAUACGUGCGAUCUCUGCAGCGGAUGGCAAAGUGGCAACGUUCAUCCCACAACGUUUCGGUCGGCGACUUCGUUCUACUAG